CCCAUUUCAGAUAGCUUGAACAGAAAAAAAUCUCAUUCAUUUUAGACUUUUAGUGUUUACACACACACACAAAAAAAAAUAAAAUAGAAUGAGGCUAUAUGUAUAUGUAUUAGAAGGUAGGGAUUGGGUAGUUGAAGAAUCAUUUUUAAAGCUUGAAGUUGGAAACUUUAAAUCAAAAACAAGAGGUUUGAAGAAUACAAGAAACCCAAUUUGGAAUGAAGAGUUUGCAUUUAAAGUUGAUAAAGAUUAUUAUGAUGAUGAGUUUGUUGUGUGUGUUUAUAGUCAUCAUAAAAAUGAUGAUGUUAAUGAUGAUGAAAAUGAUCAUGUUGGUUGGUUUAAAAGUGGGUCAAAGCAUUUGGUGGGUCGGGUUCGGAUCCCUUUGUGGUCUAUUGCUGCUGAAGAGAAUCAUCAUUUGCCACCUACUUGGUUUUCUAUUGAAAGUACUUCCAAGUCUUAUAAGAAAGAAUGUGGGAAGAUUCUUCUUGCUCUUUCACUGCGUGAGAGAAACCAAGAAAUAUCCAAUGGCCAUCAAUUCUACCCGCAACCGAGUAUCACCAACGCUGGUGAUGGAUGUGAUAGCAACCAAAGCCCGUUACAGAGUUCUAAGAUGCCAAAAUCACCUCGCAAAAUGAUAAAAUCCAUUGCUAAGCGGUUCGAGAAGCUUUUCAAUAAACACGAUGAUUCCUCCAUGAAAGACGAUUCAUCUGAUUUACCCACAGUUUCAUCUGACAAUGGUGAAUCAACCGAAGAAUCUACAGUCACUACUUCGUUUGAGGAUGCAAUGGAAACCAUGGAGUCAAUAGAUGAUAAAAACGAAAUGCCCAAAGAUCUACAAGGAGGUGUUCUUAUUGAUGAAACAUACAUAGUACCUCCUAAAGAUCUCAAUCAUGCAAUAUUCGGACCAGAUUCACAGUUUAGGAAAGAUUUGACAGCAAUUCAGGGUGCAACAGACUUUCAUGAGGGCCCAUGGGUAUGGGAAUCUGAUAAAAUGUAUUCCUUGACCCGCACAGUUACUUACCUAAAUGCCGCAACAAAACUGGUUAAAGCUAAUAAAGUAACCGAAGAACAAACUUACAUUAAAGCAAACGGAAAAGAGUUUGCAGUUUUUGUAAGAGUGAAUACACCUGAGGUUCCUUAUGGGAGUGCCUUUCAAGUUGAACUACUUUAUAAGAUAAUGCAAGGGCUCCAGAUUGGAGGAGAGGAAACAUCACGGAUUAUAAUCACGUGGGGAAUUAAUUUUCAUCAAAGUACGAUGAUGAAGGGAAUGAUUGUAAGUGGAGCUAAGCAAGGAUUGAAGGAGAGUUUUGACCAGUUUGCGGGGUUUCUUAAUCAAACAUUUAAACGGGUGGAUAAGUUGACAUCUUCAGACAAAAGUCAAACACUGGCAACUUUGCAGGAUGAACACCAAUCGGAUUGGGAGUCAGCAGUGGGAUAUUUUUGUAACUUCACUGUGAUUUCUACAUUAUUUAUGGUUGUUUAUGUCUUUGUGCAUAUCUUACUAUGUGAGCCGCAUCAACUUCAAGGUUUAGAGUUCAAUGGUCUCGAAUUGCCGGACACGUUUGGUCAAUUUAUAACAUGUGGGAUAAUUUUCUUCAACUUGGAACGUUUUUAUAUGAUGGUUUCACAUUUCGUCCAAGCUAGGCUUUGUAGAGGGAAUGAUCAUGGUGUCAAGGCUCAAGGGGAAGGUUGGGUGCUUACUGUAGCCAUCGUCGAGGCCACCAACUUAGCUCCAUUGGAUUCUUCGGGUUUCUCGGAUCCAUAUGUUGUGUUGACAUGCAAUGGAAAGACGCGAACGAGCUCCGUCAAGCUUCAGACACUUGAUCCUCAAUGGAACGAAAUACUCGAAUUUGAUGCUGCUGAAGAACCGCCAUCAUUAUUAGAUGUUGAAGUUUUUGACUUUGAUGGUCCUUUUGGUGAACCGACUUCACUUGGUCACUCGGAGAUUAGAUUUUUGAGACAUACUUCCGAAGAAUUGGCCGACAUGUGGGUUCCACUCAAGGGAAAACUUGCACAGUCUUUACAGUCUAAGUUGCAUUUAAGAAUAUUCUUGGAUAAUAAUAAUGGAGCUGAUACCAUUAAAGAUUACCUGACAAAAGUCGAGAAAGAAGCAGGGAAAAAGAUCAAUGUAAAGUCGCCUCAUAGGAACUCAACAUUUCAGAAGCUUUUUAGCUUGCCACCCGAGGAAUUUCUUGUCAGCGAUUUUUCAUGCUCUCUUAGAAGAAAGUUUCCUCUCCAGGGUCGAUUGUUUGUUUCUUCAAGGCUUGUUGGGUUUUACGCAAACUUAUUUGGUCACAAAACGAGGUUUUCGUUCCUUUGGGAAGAUGUGGAAGAUAUUCAAGUGCUUCCUCCAUCACUGGCAUCUGUUGGCAGCCCGAUGCUUAUGAUGGUUCUGCGCAAAGGCCGAGGUGUAGAUGCCAGGCAUGGUGCAAAGUCUGAAGAUGAUGAGGGGAGACUCCGUUUCUAUUUCCAUUCAUUUGUGUCAUUCGAUUCAGCCAGCCGGACAAUUAUGGCCUUAUGGAGAACAAGAUCAUCAACCUCGGAUCAGAAAACUGACACGUUUGAGGAUCAACAUGAAGAAGAUAUAACCGACUGUUCUCUAGAUCAACAGGAACCGGAAGAGAAUAUUAGUUCCCAUUUGGUUGUUGAGGAUGCAAAAAUGUCUAAGGUCUACUCAGCAGAGCUGCCGCUCAGUGUCGAGUCAGUGAUGGAGAUCUUUAAAGGAGGAAAGCUGGAGCAUAAAGUUAUGCAAAAGUUAAGCUGUUUGAAUUACAACACAACCAAUUGGGAACCAGUACCAGAUCGUUUGGAUGUGCUUGAACGGCAUUUAUUUUACAAGUUCAAUAAGAGGGUGUCGAGUUUUGGAGGUGAUGUAACGUGCGCACAGAAGAUGUCUGCAGCCACUGAUGGCAAAGGCUGGAUUGUAACGGAGUCUAUGUCUUUACAUGAUGUGCCAUUUGGAGACCAUUAUUAUGUUCAGCUUAAGUAUGAGGUUAUGAAUGGUAGACCGGGCUGGUGUGCAUGUGAUGUCUUUGUCGGAGUUGUGUGGCUCAAAAGUUGCAAAUUUGAGCAACGAAUAACUCGAAACAUUGUCUUGAAGUUCGGUGAUCGGAUAAGGGAGAUGUUUGAGUUAGUUGAAAGAGAAAUGCUGCUGCCAGUUGACGACUCUAGUUGAUAGAAUGAUAGUGUCUUUCAUAAAAAAAAAAAAGUAUUACAUCUUUAUCUUAAUUUAUUUUUUUUAUCAAGUCUCAUAAAAUGUAAAGCUCAUUUUGUCAUUUUUUUAAAACUAUAAGGAACUCACUGUGUAUAAAU